AAAAUUAGUAGAAAGCUAAUUCCUUACCAACAAAAGUCCAUUUUGCCCUUAUCAAUUUUUGUCCAAGAAGUUCCAACGCCUGGCCAGGCCUAACUAAUCGAAGACAAAUACCCUAAUUCUUUAGAAUUACUUCAGUAGCCCAAGUCUCUCACCCCGCCCCCUAACAGCCUCGCCGGCCACUACCGUUCAUCACCCUCUGACACGGUCACUCUCUUGCUCUCAACCGGCGCCGCUACUAUAUCCUCGUAGUAUACUGUUUGAUACAUUCGACCUGCAUUUCGGGUGUCAAAAUAUGGGUUGGAAAGCAGCUGAAAAGCUUAUUAGACAUUGGAGGAUCCUCAGAGGUGAUAAUGUGAUGGUAAUCAGGGGUAAAGAUAAAGGAGAGACUGGUGUUGUUAAGCGUGUUGUUCGUUCUCAAAAUCGUGUAAUUGUCGAAGGCAAGAAUCUGGUUAAGAAGCAUAUCAAGCAAGGUCAGGGUCAUGAAGGUGGGAUCUUUACGGUUGAAGCUCCUCUUCAUGUUUCAAAUGUUCAAGUUAUUGAUCCAGUCACAGGGAAGCCUUGUAAAGUUGGGAUUAAGUAUCUUGAAGAUGGAACCAAAGUAAGAGUAUCCAGAGGCCUGGGUGCAUCAGGAUCCAUUAUUCCUCGACCUGAGAUAUUGAAAAUAAGGACUACGCCAAGGCCUACAGUUGCUGGUCCCAAGGAUACCCCAAUGGAUGUUGUGAUGGAGAAGACUUAUGAUGCAAAAACAGGACGAGGCAUGCCUGAUCUUUGAAAGAAUUACAUUCUUAUAUAGUUUUGUCAUUGAAUGGAACCAGGGCGAAGAUGUUGCAGAAAAGUGGCCAUCUCAAAUCUCAGUUGUCGCCAAGUUACAAUUUCAGUUCUUCUAAAUUUGUACUCUGCUUCUUUAUGCCUAUUAUUUAGUGUUGAUGUUCCAGACAAGUGAAUAAUCAGAUUGCCAAUUUGUUCUCUGACCUUUUAUGGUUCGAAACGCUACUUUCACUUGCAUAUGUGCCUUUACUACGCAGUGUGUUCAGUAUAUUAUUUAUUUAUUCGACCAUAUGUCAUCAGAAAAGAUAGCAGAGUGUAGCUUUGUUUGCA